GCACCACCCUGUUCUCCUCGGCAGCGUUCCUGCAGAGGAACUCCGGGCAGCAAGGGAGCAGCAGCAGGAGCAGCCCAGCCCGGCCGGCCCCGCGCAGCCAUGGCCCGGCCGGUGCGCUCGCGCCGGGGGCCCAGCACCACCAUGCUCUUCCGCAUCACCAUCCAGAGGCCCCGCCACAUGCUCAGGAGGCCCAUGAGGGCACGCUCCCGCCUCCGGGCCAGAAGGGGAAGGCGCUUUGGCAAGAGUGUCCGCUUCAGGUCCAGGCGUGCGCUGCCACCCUUCUUCCUCUUCAUGGAGAGGCACCGCCGGCGGCUCCAGAGGACCUACCCAAACCUGACCAUGGUGCAGACGGCAAAGAGGCUGGGCAGGAUGUGGCAGAGGCUGCCCGAAGAAGACAAGGAAAUGUACAAGGAAGAGGCUGAGCGCAUGAAGGGCAUGAGGGUCCGCCGCAGGCUCAGGAGCUGGAGCAGGCCAAUGAUGUCCAGCCGGAGGAGGGCCAUGAAGAACCUCAUGAUCUCCUUCACCACCAAGGCAGCGAACCUGCGUAAUUUCCUCUUGUCCUACCUGUGACUGCAGUUCCUGCCCAUGAUUGCAUUUCCUGCCCAUGAUUGCAGUUCCUUCCCAUGAUUGCAGUUCCUUCCCAUGAUUGCAGUUCCUUCCCAUGACAGCAGAUCCUACCUGAAAUCGCAGUUCCUUGGGAAGCCCCAAUAAAGUUCCAAGUUGUUAUUGCAGCAAA